AAAAUACUACUGAAUUCUACCAGCAAUAUCAGGCAAUAGAAGACGAAUGCAAGCACUUUUCCCAAAGCACUCCUUAUAAAAUUUAUCCCACUGCCAUUACUACUAGUAAAAAGAUAGAUACUAAAUCAAUUACUGAACGAUUACAAAAGUUAAAUAUUUUUGAACAGGACCACGAUAUUAAGGAUUUAGAAUUAAAUCUUUUUAACUCUGAGGAAUUAAACACUCAAGAAAAGAAGAUUAGAGCCUCUGUUUUUUCAAACAGACAAUUUAAGCGACAAUUACCUCUUGACUCCCAAGUCGAAAACAACCAAGGGGAGUCCAAGCAAUCCAAAGUAGUUGAAAAUUUGGAACACCAAACUGAAACAAUGAAAAUGGAUAGUCAAGAACAAACUUCCCUCCAAGCCCAAAUCCAAGCUUUACCUAAAUCUAAUUAA